AUGCUUGAAGCCAGACUCGACCAGGCCGACAUCCUCAAGAAGGUGGUUGAAUCCAUCAGAGAGCUUGUCCAGGACUGCAACUUCGACUGCAAUGACUCCGGCAUCAUGCUGCAGGCCAUGGACAACUCGCACGUCGCGCUCGUGUCCAUGGCCCUCAAGACCGAGGCCUUCUCCCCCUACCGCUGCGACCGCAACAUUGCGCUUGGCCUCAACCUCGCCUCUCUGCAGAAGGUUCUCCGUGCCGCCCAGGGCGAGGAUGUCCUGACGCUCAAGGCCGAGGACGCCCCUGACAGCCUCAACAUUGUCUUCGAGAGCUCGGAGCACGACCGCAUCAGCGAGUACGACCUCAAGCUGAUGGAUAUCGACCAAGAGCACCUUGGUAUUCCCGAGACGGAGUACGCCGCCACCAUCACCAUGCCCAGCUCCGAAUUCAAGCGUAUUUGCGGAGAUCUGCAGGCCAUGAGCGAGUCUGUGACGAUCGACGCGAGCAAGGACGGUGUCAAGUUUGCCUGCACGGGCGAUAUUGGUAACGGAUCUGUCACCCUCCGCAGCCACACCAACGUCGACAAGCCCGAGCUGAACGUCGACAUUGAGCUUACCGAGCCCGUCUCCCUGACCUUCUCCCUCAAGUACCUCGUCAACUUCUGCAAGGCCGCCGCCAUGUCCAAGCAGGUCAAGAUCUGCCUGUCCAACGAGGUCCCUCUGCUGGUUGAGUACACUUUGGUGGGCCAGAGCUACCUGCGCUUCUACCUGGCGCCGAAGAUUGGUGACGAGGAGUAA